UAUAAUAUCUGCACCCUUCACAGUGCCUCUCUCUCUCUCUCUCUCUCCUCACAUCGGAUUCCGUCUUUUGGGCCAAUACUUCGAUCUCAGCUUCUUCCUGGAAUCAUCUCUCUCAUCGGAGAAAAGAAAAAAAAAACCUCUGUUUCACUGAGUGUCCAGACUGAGAUUGCAUCAACAAUGGCGGUUUUGCUCCCUUUGUUUCUCAUCUUCUCCAUGAUUUCCUAUUCAAAGGCGGCGUACUGCGUGUGCAAAGACGGCGUAGGCGAAGCAGUUCUUCAGAAGGCCAUGGACUAUGCUUGCGGAGCAGGAGCAGACUGUACUCAGAUCCAACAGAACGGUCAGUGUUUUCAGCCAAACACCGUCAAGAGCCACUGCGACGUCGCCGUCAACAGUUACUAUCAGCGCAAAGCCUCGACCGGUGCCACCUGUGACUUUAGCGGCGCCGCCGUUCUCACCAACUCUCCUCCUUCAACUGGUUCAACGUGUUUAUCUGGUUCCGGUUCAACCGGAACUCCAACCACUGUGACUCCCACCACGGGAACUCCGACCACCGGAACUCCAACCACCGGAACACCCACCACCGGAACUCCGACCAUGGGAACUCCGACAAUGGGGACUCCGACCACCGGCAUGCCCACAACCGGAACUCCUACAAUUGGAACUCCGACCACUGGAACUCCAUCCUCGUCCUCGUCCUCUGUGUUUCCGGGCACCACUCUGGGCCCCACAGGAAGCGGCGGCUUUGGUGAUCAGAGCGCCGGAGAAUCACUCUCUGCCAAAACAACUAUCAUCAUCAUCAAUGCCCUCUUGCUAACCGUGGCUCUGCUGAUACGGGUGGUCUAGAUGGGUGAUCUCAGCCGGAUCCUUACGUUUGAUCUGACGGCUGAUGUUUUGCCACGUGGGUUUUAGGCAACGGCCAUGGCCGUCUGUCUCUCUGGGAAUUGGAUUCCCUUCUUUGCCUCUCUCUCUCUCUCUCUCUCUCUAGGAUUUGCGGGCUGUAGAACAAAAACUCAAUCGAAGCACUUUUUUCAUUGUGUACAUCCUGAAAAUGAGAUUCUUUUCUUUCA